ACGACUAUAAAUAAAAACACAGUGUUUGAAAAGCUAAAAAAAAAAAAAUAUGUGGAAAUAUAUAAUGCAUAUGAACUCAACGUAAGUAAAAACCAAAAAAUAUAGUUUAGGGAAAACUUUCAUCAUGUCUGCUCGCCGACAAAUGUUGAACAUUGGCAGCUUUCGCGCAUUUCCCUCUCUUUUUCUCAACACAGAAAACUGGGCAAAGAUAAUUAAAACCGAACAAAUCCGCAUAAUUAUUCAAUCUCAAAUUCUCUAAAAACAACGCAGACUAAUGUAUAAACAAAGAUCUAACACAAACAAAUUAUAAUAAAAAAACAAAACCAAAGUACUGUCUACUUUAGGGUAUUAUAUAUGCACACGGGUUCACACUGUUUUGAGUUCAGAAGCUCAGAAAAAGGAAGUUCCUGAAGCAGAAGCACAGACUGGUUUUGUUUCUAGCCAUUUGAAGCUGAAAUAUGGACGAGGGCAUGUCAGGAUUUUGCAUCAAAGCAUCGAGUUUUCGCGAUGGUGGUAAUGGUAAUAGUGGAACCAAGUGCGGGCGUUGGAAUCCAACUGCAGAACAGGUUAAAGUUCUGACUGACCUGUUCAGGUCUGGACUCCGAACGCCGAGUACUGAUCAGAUUCAGAAAAUCUCCUCUCAGCUAAGCUUUUAUGGCAAGAUCGAGAGCAAGAACGUCUUUUACUGGUUUCAGAAUCACAAAGCCAGAGAAAGACAAAAGCGGCGUAAAGUUUCUAUUGAUGACAAGGAUAUCAUUCGUCGAGAUCAGGAGAACAUGUCGUCUCCAAAACAAAUAAAUCAGGUUUCGGAGCCGGCGAGAGUGAUUGAGACCCUUCAACUUUUCCCUAUAAACUCUUUCAACGAAUCUGAAGGAGAGAAGCUGAGAUUUCACGCAAACGAAUAUUGCAAGGAGGCGUCAGCUUUUACCUACACUGUUGGGACAGAAAUGGACCUUCCACCUUUGGAUCUGCGUUUAAGUUUCCUUUGAAUUACAUGCUUCAAAUUUAUGAGAAAAAGAACGGAAAAAAGAAGCUCCUAGCUAGCUAGUAGUCAUGGUUGCCAUUUGUAGAAUUUGGGGUUUAGCAGCUGGCAUGAAAGGGUGAACAGAAAGGUAUGGAGGGAGAGAUAGUUGUUGAAUAGUUUACGUAGUAUUGACGCUAAUUUGAGUUGUUGAAUUAAGAUAUUGGAAAUUCUUGGACAUUCUUCUCUGCAUGUGCACUUUCUUGUUGUUAUUAAUUUCUCUGUGAUUUACUCUGUCGGAUUUCUUGUUUGUAUGAAUGGCUUGGAAAUUGGAAUUUUCUCCUGCUCCACAU